AAGUACAUCUUCGCAAUGGUUGAUAGCUUCAGUAAGUUCGUAUGGAUGUAUCCCACAAACAUAACAGGAGCAGACGAAGUUCUCAAGAAGUUAAGGGAGUGGUCUGAUGUAUUUGGUAAUCCGGCACGCAUAGUAAGCGAUCGUGGAGCAGCAUUUACAUCUUCAAGCUUUGAGGAGUUUGUCAAGGAAAAGAACAUCGAACACAUAUGGAGCACCACAGGGGAACCAAGAGGAAACGGACAAAUUGAACGCGUAAACCGAUCUAUUCUGAGCAUCAUUUCCAAAUUGUCGUCGGAGGAACCUGGAAGAUGCUAUAAGUUCGUACCGCGAGUUCAGAGGGCUAUUAACAGCACUGUUCAUGUGUCUACAAAGCGUUGUCCAUUUGAGCUGAUGAUCGGGGUAAAAAUGCGUUGUGGACCGGAUAGCGACAUACUUCAGCUAAUAGAAAAAGAGAUGGUUGUUAACUUUGAAGACGAGAGGCAAAAGAUGCGACAAGAGGCAAAAGAAAAUAUUCAGCAGGCCCAGGACAGAUACAAGGAACAAUUCGAUAAAAAGCGGAAAUGCGAAUACGAAUACAAGGUCGGAGAUCUCGUAGCCAUACGUAGAACACAAUUUGUAACCGGAAGAAAGAUGGCCAGCGAAUUCUUAGGACCAUACGAAAUAACCAACGUGAAACGAGGCGGACGCUAUAAUGUUCGGAAGGCAGCAGACGCCGAAGGACCAAGCAAUACGACCACAAGCAAUGAUAACAUGAAACUAUGGAGCUUUUCUGUAGAAAACGAGGACGCAUGGUCAUCAGGGACUGAUGACUAAUCAGGAUGACCGAGUGUAAGAAGGAGUGGGCCAGCUGGCCUAUUGAGGGGGCAGCGGAGAUAAGCAACAGCAGUAAUAACAGCAGCAGAGGAACAGCUGAUUAG